AUGUCGUUACACCUGCCACGCAUCCUGAUCGUCGAUCAUUUCGACUCUUAUACCCUCAACCUACUCUCCUUACUGCAUCCUACCCAGCCGUCUCGCAGCGACAACCUCAGCUUGCAACACGAUGAAGCCGAGCUCGCUCGAAGGAUUUCAGAGCGUGUCAUUGUCCUUCCACACACGCAUCCACUGCUAGCUCCCGAUGCUUUCCACCAGCUCGUCCGACCGCACAUCGAUGCUAUCAUUCUUUCGCCAGGACCUGGAAGUCCGGACAAGGCGGCCGAUUUUGGUGCAGCAGAGACACUGCUCAAGGACGAAUCGCUCAACCUACCAAUACUUGGCGUUUGCCUCGGUCAUCAGGGACUGGCAACUGCAUUCGGUGGCCAAGUCACCCGUGCCACCAGCGUACGGCACGGCCUUCAAAGCAAGCUCAAGAUCUCUGCACCAACACAGCCCAAGUCGCAGACAGUCUCCUCCCUCCUCGAUGGCGUUCCUCAAGACGCGCUUGUAGUCCGCUAUAACAGCUUGGUUGUCGAUCCAGACACCCUGCCUGACUGUCUUCAAGUCACUGCUUGGAGCUAUGACCAAGUCUCGACAGCUCCACCUCCAAAACCAGGCAAGACCAAACAGCAAUCAUUUCCAACACCUCUCAGCAUUCCAACAGAGCCACUUGCUCCGCUCAAGCAUCGCGAUCUCGCCUUUUUGAGUCGGUCGCCGUCCACCGUGCCUUUCUCCUCUCGCCGCGGAUCCGAGCACCUCUCGGAAGUAGAAGAGCUCGAACUCUCCGAGGCCACGAGCAUCGCAGGCAGCACUGAGCUUGACUCCGUCCCUGCCCCAGGUGCACCAUUGUCUCUGACCAUCAUGGCCUUGCAGCACAAGACUCUACCUUUCCAUGGUGUCCAAUUCCAUCCUGAAAGCAUCGAGUCCACAUGGGGACACAAGAUCAUGUCCAACUUCCUCGACAUUGUUCGACGCUACUGGUUUCAACGUGGGCUGGACGCUGUCAGCAGCCUGUCUACUGACGCCCGCAGACGAGUUGACGCUUGGGCUGAUGCAGAUUUGACACUCCCCGCACAUCUUAAGCUCGCCAGCGAGCGCUGUCUUGCGAGCGAUGCUCAAGCCCAAACUCAAGCAACACCCAUCGCCACUCAGUCACCAUUCACCCUUGUCACGCGGCGUUCGACCUCGCUUCCCGUGGACAGUUGCCCAGACAUGGCCCGCAUCUUUGAUCAGCUAUUCCGCCUCUGUAGCCCCGCCGGAGCAGUGUGGCUCGAUAGCGCAAGACGCAAGGAUCCGCACAGCCGGUACUCGUUCAUGGCGAUCCCAUCUUUCACCCUCUCCUACAAGGCCGGAAGUGACGACAUUCUCGUGUCAGCCGAUGGGAAGCUCACAACCAGCAUCUCGCUGACCGAAGGCGCUGGACACUUUGCCCCCAAAUCAACCUUGUGGUCCUUCAUGAAUGAUCUGCAGAGCCAACUGCAGGCAUCUACAGACACGGCGUCUUGCGCGGAAUCGUUCAAGGAUGGCGAGCAAAGCAACGUCUUCCGAACCGGAUUCACUGGCUACUGGGGCUACGAGAUGAAGAAUGAAAGUCUGGAGCUCGACACUCAAGCACCUACAGGAAGCAAUUCGAACGCUUUCGAUGCCGAAUUCCUGUAUUGCCCAAGGGUCCUCGCUCUCGAUCAUCAUUUGAACCAGUGGAUCGCGUUCACACUCGUCGAGACGUUGCCAGCCAAUUUUUUCUUGCCUCAUCGUUUGGGGCAAGUUGAUUGCGCUCUGAAGGAUCUGCAGGCCAGCGGCAAAUCAUGGUCGCGCUGGGCCCUAGCACGGUCUGAUGCCGAGGCAUGGAUUGAAGACACACUCAAGACUGUCUCUGCACUGUCGAGUGGAUUGCCAAGCACCACGAAGGUGGACGCGGCGCUGAGGGCGGCGGCUUUCCGAGAGGCGAUGCCAGUUCUGCGACCGCGAAUGCUUGCAGAAGACUACAUGGACCAGAUCGAGUCUGCGAGAGAACUCAUCGCCGCUGGUGAAAGCUACGAGCUGUGCAUAACCAACCAAUUCCAAGGCCGACUGGCACCGCUUUCGUCCCUUGCUGACGACGCCGACACGGACCAUUUCGAUCUGUACUGCAAGUUGCGAGCCCGCAAUCCCGCACCAUACUCGGCAUACAUCAAGCUGCCAUCGUUUGCCACAGACGCCGAUCAGACUGGAACUCGAAAGCGUGGGCGAGCCAUCCUCAGCACCAGCCCUGAACGAUUCAUGCGCAUCACCUCGGACGGACGUGUCGAGAUGAAACCUAUCAAAGGCACACUGGCUCGCGCUGGAUUUGGACCUGGCGAACAGUCUAUGCGAGCAGGCGAUGCGACACCGCCAGAAGAAGUGGUCAAGCAAAAGUGGCGGGAGGCAGAAGACGAAGCUCGUCGCGCCAGAUUGUCGGCAGAUGUCAAAGAGCGAGCGGAGAAUCUCAUGAUUGUCGAUCUGAUUCGGGCAGACCUCUUCUCCUUCUGUACCUCGGUUAGCGUCGCUGUUCCCAAGCUGAUGCAGGUCGAAUCGUACGAGACUGUACAUCAGCUCGUAACCACCGUCAGAGGGCGACUAAAAGCUUCCGUUGGCACAAUCGAGGCGAUUCGAAGAUGUUUCCCACCAGGAAGCAUGACUGGCGCCCCCAAACGUCGCAGUGUGCAGCUGCUCGAACGAUUAGAGCUCAACUUGGCUGAUGCUGAACGCGACGACAAUCUUUUCGCGACAAGAGGCAUCUACUCUGGCGCACUCGGAUGGUUGGCUUGCGAUGGCGCUGCAGACUUUUCUGUCGUCAUUAGAACGCUGGUUGCUGAUGGCGAUCAAGUCUCGAUCGGAGCUGGUGGCGCUAUCACUUACCUCUCAGACGCCAAGAGGGAAUGGCAAGAAGUGUUGGACAAACUCAAUGCCCUCGCCACCAUCGACGCCUGA